UGGUCUAAGAGUUUUACUAUUGCGUGAAAAUAUACCUGUCAUAUUAUUAUUUGUUAUAUUGUAAUUGUUUGUUUAAUAGAUUAAAGUUACAUAUCCUUUCAGAAAUCCUUUCAAAAAUGUUUUAAGAAUUAUUGAUUUAUUGAAUUUUUAAUUUAUUGCAAUAGUAAUAAUUAAUUUUAAAAUCUUUAAUGAGAAUUUUUUUAUUCGUGAAUUCUAAUUUUGUUUUUACUACUAUUAUUGUUUGUUUCGCAUUUCACGUGUAUAUAUGCAAUUUGAAUUUCGCUCUCAAUUAACAUGUCGAUAUUAUUAACCUUAAAGUUAAAGUCACGUGAUAAUAUAAGUUAAUACAAUUAUCAAAAAAUAUAUUUAUACAUAUUUCUAUGUUAAAUAUAUAUAUUAUGUAUAAAUGACAUUUUUAUAUAUAAAAAAGUUAUGAACUUUGUACAAUAAGUGACACUAAGAAAAUGAUAAGCAAAUUAUUAUAAAGUAUGGCGCCUGAAAGAAUGAAUGAUAAUAAUGGAAAUCAAUUAAAAAAUGUACCUAACAUUAUAACAAGUUUACCAAAUGCAUUAUCACAAUUUCCUGUUUCAAAUAUUCAAUCGGGAAAUCCUCCACCUGUACCUCCACGUCAACCAGUCCAAAAUUAUUAUGGAUUUAGUGAUCAUAGAUUGUUUGGAUCAAAUUAUUAUAAUGGAUAUGGUUUGAGUUAUAAUAACCAAUAUAGAGGAUUUAAUGGAAGUUCAUAUAAUCCAAUAUAUUCUAAUUAUAAUAAUUAUGGAAUAUUUGGUGGACAUAGUAGUGAUGCUGAAAAUAGAUUUUUCCAUUAUGUUGAAGAAACUACUAGACCAACAUUCUAUUUAAUCGAAACAAUUCUUCAUACAUUUUCAUCUAUGACAAUGCUUUUAGAAUCUACAUAUUUUGCUUUAACAAAUUCAUUUAGAGCAAUUUUAAAUGUUGCAGAAAAUAUUGGAAAAUUACGAUCAACUCUAAAUCAGUUAUUUAACACAUUUGCUUUAAUUAAAUUUUUAAAAUGGUUAUAUAAAAAAAUUAUAUAUACUAUUGGUUCUAAAAAUCAAGAUUUAAUAAAUGAAGAAUUAUGGAAUAAAUCAUUAACAAAAAUUAAAGGUGAAAAUGUUCAUAAUUCUUCUUUUUGGUCUGGAUUUAUAAUAUUUAGUAUAUUUUUUGUAGUACCAUAUAUAAUUCAUAAAAUUUCAUAUAAUAUUAAAAACAUGCAAAUGAAAGGAAAAGAUUUAAUAGAAUGGCAUCAGAUUGAGGAACCUGCAUAUAUUGCAACAGUGCUAUAUGAUUUUAUUGCAGCCAAUAACGAUGAACUUAAUGUAAAAACUGGUCAAAAAGUUUAUCUUGCACCUAGAAAUCUACAACCAAAAAAUUUACCAGGAUGGUGUAAAGUUAGUGAUAGUGUAAAUAUUGGUCUUAUUCCUUACAAUUAUAUUAAGGUUAUAGGACAAUUGAAGAAAGUGAAAAAAAAUAAUGAAGUAAUUCAUCUAAAUGAAGAAAAAUCUUUAAUAAAUGAAAAUUAUAAUAAUAGUGAUUCAAAAACUAUAAAAAAUAAUAAAAACAUUGAAAAUGAAGCAUAAACAAAUUAGUUUAAUAAUUUUAUUAAUUUUUAUCAUUUUUAACAAUAAUAAUUUAAAAUAUAUUUUCAAAUACAGAAAUUGUUCAGCAACAAACAAUUUAAAAUAUAUAUAAAAGAAUAUUUGCCACAGAUAAAUUUUUUAUUUUAUUUUAUAGAUUAUUUUAUGAUUUUUAAUUUAGUAUUUUUAAUACAAAUAGAAUUUUGAAAAAAUUAUAUAUAUAUAUAUAUAAAUUAUGCAUGAAAUUAAAAUAUAUAUGAUAUAUAUCAAUAUGUAUGAAAUUUAUUAUUUUCAUAGAUGUGAUAAUAAACUAAUAUAUUACAUGCAUUAUAUAGUAUUUAUAUUCAUACUGUAAUUUAUUUUAUGUAUUCUAUUAUUAAAUUUGUAUGAAGUUUUUAUUUAAAUUUUUAUUUAUAAUAAAAUGGUUACUUUAAUAAA